UGAGAAACUAAAAACGAAAUGGCGACGUCGCCGCAGCAGGCGGACGCGCCGAUCCAGCUACCAGCGGACAGUGGAGGUGGCCUUCCGCCCUCGGGACGGCAGUUGCUUCGCGAAUUAUGGAGUCUUGGUAGCCAGGAUGAAGAAUCCACCACUGUCGACGACGAAGAAUGGGCGAUUCGUCCAUCGUUUCAGUCGUCCGUGUCGUCGGCGCGCAGUUCUGUAGCCAACGACCAAGAGCGCCGCACGUUCAGUUCGUUCGAAAACGGGAUUUCCAACUUGGACGUGGACUUGGCUAUCGCUCCAGGGAGUCCCCAUGUCGUGCACGAUGGCUGGCUGAUCAAGCGUGGCCACAAUUGGCACACGUGGAAGAAGCGGUGGUUCGUCUUGACGUCCGACGCCAAGCUCGAGUACUUCAAGAAAUCGAACCGCAAAAAGUCCAAAGGAAAGGUCGACCUCAACGACGGCAUCGUGCAAGUUCAGUUCGUCGACGUCCAUCGCGUCGAGCACACGUACGCGUUCUGCAUCACAAAGGGGUUCUACACACUCCUGUGCAGUUGCGAGACGGGCGACGAAGCUGACACAUGGGUGCGCCACCUCCGCCACGUCCGCCUGCACCCUCCCCCGGAAUAUGAGGGUCUCGAUCGUCACGUGGGGGCCUUUGAUUCGGAAGCCACGAUGGCUACCCUGCUUGGUUCCGAGACGUCGGCUAGCCCGACGGGGUGGACAGCGCAGAUGCUCCGGUUUCAGCGUCGGGUACUUUCCAGUACCUCUGGGUUUACACCCGUGACGACGUCGUCCAUCUUGGCCGUCCAAAGCGUCGCCACGCCGUUGGAAGGGUUCAAAGCCGGCACGAUCCUCAGUUUCGUCCACUUUAUGACCCAGCAAAUCGUGACCAGCCAUAUGUCCUUGUUCACAACUGGCGAGUACCGUGUCGUUCCAUUCGACGCCAUCAUGGGCAUCCACGUCGUCCUCGAAGAUCGCAUCUUUCUCCCACUUCAAGACACGUUCCACAGGCACCUCCAUGACGUGCCCACGUCCCGCGUGCAAGCGCGCCUGGCCAUCCUGCAAAGUCUUCCGGCUGGCCAUAUCUUUGACGCGGCAGUCUUGGCGACCGCCGACACGGACUGGUCGGACGCCAUCGCGACCUUCUCCGCCCUCGACACGGCCUCCCUUCCGACACACAAGAUGCGCAUAUUCCAGCGCGCCGUGGACAUGCUUGGCUCCAAAUUUGCCGCCGCCCCCGCCGCGUAUCGGUACAUGUGCAUACAUGCCAGCGUCGUCGACCUCGCCGUGCAAGCGGCCAUCCUGCGCCUCGUUCAAAAGUACCUGCCGUUCCCUGGGCUAGACGGUCCAGUGCAGUUGCUUGUCGACGCGGUGGCAUGGGUGGCCGAUUUCAACAUCACGACACCCUUCUCCCCUUCGUCGUCACCUUCGUCGAUGCUGUCCAGCGUCGCGAGCCCGACAUCGGUCGUGUCGGUGACGUUUGCAACGCCUGACCUCGGCAUUCAGUUCGUUUCGCAUUUGCCGCAGGACCGCGGCGCCCGCGUGGCGUUUGUUCUAAAGUACUCGCAGGCCAACUUGAGUGCGACGGUCCAGCCUGGUCUUGUGCUCGUCGCGAUCAACGACACGUUUGUGGCCGUGUCGACUCUGCCAGACAUUGUCAGCCUCGUGCGCCGCGCCAAGUUGCCCAAGCGGCUGCUCUUCGUCGCCGACAUCGAUGGGUUUCUGUCCACGGCAUGCUACCACUACCUCCUCUGCUCGGCCGCGGACCGAGGCGACCUGGCCACCGUCCGGUUCAUUGUCGACCAGAAUACUCCGCAACUCAACUUGCAUGGGCCGUGUCUUUGGACUCCGACGGCGCUCGCUUUCUCAGCCAACGCCCGACCACCACCCACGACCACGACCGUGCCGGACCUGGCAUUGCACGCGGCGGUCCGCGGCGGCAACGUCGACCUCGUCCGCUACCUCGUAGACGACGUCGCAUUGGACGCCAACCAACGGACCAACUACCAACUAACGACGCCGUUGCACAUGCUCGUGGCCAACGUCGCAGAGAUCGCGCCGCUGCUGCUUUCGUACGGCGCGAUUGUCGACCUGCCCGACAAGGAUGGCCGGACGCCGCUGCUCGUCCAAUGUCGCGCGGGAAGCAAGGAAGGCGUGGUCACCCUCGUGGGGCUCGGGGCAUCGGUGCGCGCGUUGGCAUGGGCGACGGGCACCUCGCCGCUCAUCGAGUGUGUGCGUCGGGGGGACCUGUCGUUGGUGGAUUUUCUGCUCCUCAAAGGCGCCAGUGUAUCGGCCGCAACCAACAACAAGGAGACGGCGCUGCAUGUGGCAGCAUCCACCGGUCAUGUGGACGUCAUCGCCCGACUCGUGGCGGCCGGGGCGUCGUUGACGGCGGGCAAUCGCGACGGAUGGAUCCCCGCCAUGGUGUUCCUCAGCAACUACCGCAAACAUGCUUCGGAUGGCGCCGCAUUCUUGCGCGGGUUUCGGCUCCUCGUGGCCGACCCCGCCACGAUGCGGUGCAGCGACGUAUGGGGGCGAUAUGUUGUGCACUUUGCCGCGACGUCGCUCGACCCGAAAACGAUGAAGGACGCGAUGGAGCUGUGUCUGGAGAAGGGGGCGGACGGGCACGUCGAGGACGUGUUUGGGGAUACGGCCAAAGACUACCGCAAACACCCGAGGGACCACGGCGAGUACGUGCCCCCGACGAGCUACAUGAAGCACUUGCACGUGUCGCUGGUCGAGCUCGGGGAUUUGAAACGAUGGCGCAUCCAAAACGGAAAGAUCGAAGACAUUUUGGCGUACUUGGUCGCAGACAAGUCGACGUGCGUGCAUGAAAUGGUGUCGUUUGUGCUCAACUUUCAAGCGUACAUGGACAUUACAGACCUUUUGGCCUUGUUCAAGGCAAAGUUUGGCCACCCCGACGCGAAAUCCAAACUCAAGCAAGCGUGGAGUGCAUGGGGGGGCGGUGGCAGUUUGCAACGAGACAAUCACUGCGGCGGGAUGCUCUUUCUGAGCUUGGUCGGGGUCUUGUAUCCCGACGUGGUGACGACGGACGCAUUUGCUGACUGCGUGGCAAUCACCCGUGCCUCCAUGCCCAUGGUGCACCUCCAAAUGGCCAAACUCUCGGCCGUGUACAACGUCGGGCCGCCCUCGACGCUGUACGAGGACUUGUACCAGCACAUGACGGAGAUGUACGCAGCUAGAAAGCCCUUGACCAACGACCUGAACGACCCCCUCCCUCGGCUCUCGCUGACCACAACGACUGCGUUUGAUUUUGCUCGCCACGUCACAUUGCUGAGCCAUGCGCUGUUUUGCCGGAUACCGAUCCGCCAGUUGCUCCUCCCAAAAUGCCAAGACAUUGGCUUCUUGUCGGCCCGCCACUGGUUUCAACAUUUGUCGGACGUUGUUACGAAUUCCAUUUUGCUCCAAGACUCGCCAAGUGACCGCGUGCGUGUCAUUUGCUUCUUUAUCGACGUGGCUGAGAUUUGCUUUGCAGCGUUCCAAAACUUUGACUCGUUCAUUGCGAUUGUGUAUGCGCUGCAGUCGACUCCCAUCUUUCGGUUGAAGAUUACGUUUGGUCAUUUGGGUCGAGAGUAUACUGGAAAACUCCGCAAACUCCAAGUGUAUACCCAAAGCGGAAGCAGAGAAAUGAAUCGUGUGAUGAAGUCGGUCCAACCUCCUUGCAUGCCGUUUCUCGGGCUAUUUUUACAGAACAUUGUAGGUCUGAACGAAUUGCCGAAAUAUGAAGAGGAUUCGUAUGUGAAUUUCAACCGCCUGCGCUUGAUCGGGACAUUGGCGCAAGAUUUGAUCAAGUUUCAAAGCGUGCCAUAUCCGUUCCAGUCCAACCACGCCGUGGAAGAAAUCCUUCACAUGUCCUUGCCGUUCCCAAACGAAGAAGAACGGUACAAUCGGUCGCAUGUCGUCGAGUCCAAAGCCGCCAUCGAAACGUUCGAGGACGAUCAGCGCAUGCGAACAGAGCCGGACGAGUCGCAGGCGUCGUGGACGAUGCGCCUCCGACUGAAUUCGUCGGCUCGGCGGGACCGGCGAGGGUCGUCAAGCACAUCCACGACGCUCAGUGCAGUCUAACCAAACAUCUCAAAUUAUUUCCGCCAAAUGGCAAAUUGCAUCUGUCAAGUUUGUCAUGACACUACCAUAUAGACACUAUCUUUUGCCGCAGGCUGCAAAAUAUA